AUGGAGAUGCAAUUAGACAUUAUCAGAGAUCAUACAAAAAAAGUUCGAUGCUUAUCAUUGAAUAUAUCAUAGAAUUAGUUGAUAUCAUGUGGUGAAGAUCAAUUAUUAUUGAUCAUCUCGUAAGGUAGUAAUAAAAAAUAGAAUACAAUAUAAAAGAUAUUAACGUAAAAUUAUGGCUAUAGUUUAUGCUUCAUAACUGAUUCAAUGUUUACAUUUUAACCUUAAUAAUUAAAUAUAAUGCAUAUCUAUCAAUUAAAUACAAUCAGUUAAUAAUUUAUUAAAAUAGAACAAGAGGUAAGCAUUAAGUCAGAUGCUACUUGUUCAUAGUUUUUCCCUUAAAAAUUUAUUAAAGAUAAAUAAAUUCUAUUAAAUAAAAAUGGAUAAAAUGUCAAUUUAAUUAGACUUAAUGGUAAUGGUGAAUUCAAAACAGAAUAUUCUAUUGAGAAUAAGGGUGAUUGUUGUGGAUUAUUUGGUACUAUUUCAAACGAUGGAAACUAUUUAGUAACAUAUGAAACCUUGAGAAAAGAGAUUAUAAUAAGAUUAUACAGAGAAAAAUGA